GUGGCCUGUGCGGCCAGCUGGAGGGGCUCUUUUGCGGCAGGUGCUUCGGCCGAACCCCGAAGAGCGAGGUCGUGCACGGGACCGGACACAGGGAAGAUGCUGCGCGAGCGGACCGUGCGGCUGCAGUACGGGAGCCGCGUCGAGGCGGUGUACGUGCUGGGCACGCACCUCUGGACCGAUGUCUACAGCGCAGCCCCAGCCGGGGCCCAAACUUUCAGCCUGAAGCACUCGCAGCGUGUGCGCGUGGAGGUGGUGCGUGAUGGGCAAGCCGAGGAGGUAGCCACCAAUGGCAAACAGCGCUGGGCCCUCUCCCCCAGCACCACACUGCGGCUCACCAUGAGCCGGGCGAGCACUGAGGCCAGCAGCGACAAGGUCACCGUCAACUACUAUGAGGAGGAAGGGUUCAUCCCCAUCGACCAGGCUGGGCUCUUCCUCACGGCCAUUGAGAUCUCCCUGGAUGUGGAUGCAGACCGGGAUGGCGUGGUGGAGAAGAACAACCCAAGGAAGGCAUCCUGGACCUGGGGCCCUGAGGGCCAGGGGGCUAUCCUGCUGGUGAACUGUGACCGAGACACACCCUGGUUGUCCAAGGAGGACUGCAGCGAUGAGAAGGUCUACAGCAAGGAAGACCUCAAGGACAUGUCCCAGAUGAUCCUGCGGACCAAAGGCCCGGACCGCCUCCCCGUCGGAUACGAGAUUGUCCUCUACAUCUCCAUAUCAGACUCAGACAAAGUGGGCGUGUUCUACGUGGAAAACCCGUUUUUCGGCCAGCGUUAUAUCCACAUCCUGGGCCGGCGGAAGCUCUACCACGUGGUCAAGUACACAGGUGGCUCCGCGGAGCUGCUGUUCUUCGUGGAAGGCCUCCGUUUUCCUGAUGAGGGCUUCUCGGGCCUGGUCUCCAUCCACGUCAGCCUGCUGGAGUAUAUGGCAGAGGCGAUUCCCCUGACCCCCAUCUUCACGGACACCGUGACCUUCCGGAUUGCUCCGUGGAUCAUGACCCCCAACAUCCUGCCUCCUGUGUCGGUGUUUGUGUGCUGCAUGAAGGACAAUUACCUGUUCCUGAAAGAGGUGAAGAACCUGGUGGAGAAAACCAACUGUGAACUGAAGGUCUGCUUCCAGUACAUGAACCGGGGCGACCGCUGGAUCCAGGAUGAAAUUGAGUUUGGCUACAUCGAGGCCCCCCACAAAGGCUUCCCUGUGGUGCUGGACUCCCCCAGAGAUGGAAACCUGAAGGACUUCCCGGUGAAGCAGCUCCUGGGCCCAGAUUUUGGCUAUGUGACCCGGGAGCCCCUCUUUGAGCCUGUCACCAGCCUUGAUUCCUUUGGGAACCUGGAGGUCAGUCCCCCAGUGACCGUGAACGGCAAGACGUACCCCCUGGGCCGGAUCCUCAUCGGGAGCAGCUUUCCGCUGUCCGGUGGUCGGAGGAUGACAAAGGUGGUGAGGGACUUCCUGAAGGCCCAGCAGGUGCAGGCGCCUGUGGAGCUCUACUCGGACUGGCUGACCGUGGGCCACGUGGACGAGUUCAUGACCUUCGUCCCCAUCCCAGGCACAAAGAAAUUCCGGAUGCUCAUGGCCAGCACCUCGGCCUGCUACAAGCUCUUCCGAGAGAAGCAGAAAGAGGGCCAUGGGGAGGCCAUCAUGUUCAAAGGCUUGGGCGGGAUGAGCAGCAAGCGAAUCACCAUCAACAAGAUUCUGUCCAAUGAGAGUCUCGUGCAGGAGAACCAGUACUUCCAGCGCUGCCUGGACUGGAACCGUGACAUCCUCAAGAAGGAGCUGGGACUGACAGAACAGGACAUCAUCGACCUGCCUGCCUUGUUCAAGAUGGACGAGGACCGCCAGGCCAGAGCCUUCUUCCCAAACAUGGUGAACAUGAUUGUGCUGGACAAGGACCUGGGCAUCCCCAAGCCGUUCGGGCCCCAGGUUGAGGAGGUGUGCUGCCUGGAGACGCAUGUGCGCUCCCUGCUGGAGCCCCUGGGCCUCUGCUGCACCUUCGUCGACGACAUCUCCGCCUACCACAAGUUCCUGGGGGAGGUGCACUGCGGCACCAACGUGCGCAGGAAGCCCUUCACCUUCAAGUGGUGGCACAUGGUGCCCUGACCUGCAGGGGGGCUGUUGUGUGCCAGUGUGAUGGCUGGACCAGCCCUCGUGGUUCUCUUAUUACGAUUGCAAGAUGCCCUUUAGCAAUAAUUAUCUGGACACUUGGGGAAAAAAACAGAGCGUAUUACUUACAGGACCUGGAAAUUACCUGGCACACCUGGGGCCACACAGUGAGGUCAUGGGAAGAGAGAGAAUUCAUAGGAUUGGGGUUCUGCUUUUUGUGGGGGUUGAGGGGAGAUGCCUAGAGUUUUGAGGGCUCACCCAUUAUUGGUGAAUUUAAAACGUAAGAGUGGGAAUUUAAAGCGAGGUGAGAGAAAAAAAAACAAGUGGCCCAAAUGGUCAGUUAUCAAAAUCAACCAAGAUCUCUAAAAGAAAGGAGAUUCCAUGGUGGGAGGCAGCCUGGCUCUUUUUCUAGUCGUGUGGCUGCAAUACAUUUACCUGAGAUAGCCGUCUCUGAAGUGGUAGCCUCAGCCAUCAAAGCUGAGUCAGGCACUUGUAUUACAAACAGGAGAAAACCCACCUGUUGGGGCUUACACGACAGGGAGCUUGGCACCUCCCUUCUUCCCCAAGUCCUCCAGACUCUUCAUAACCCCCAGAGCUUCCCCCCUGCCUGACAUGGACUGGAGGGCCCCAUUAAGAGAGCUUUAGGAAGUGGGAAAGGAUUUGGGGUAUCCGUGCCUUGCCCUCCCUUGGAAGGGCCUCAGCAUCCACCAAAGUCACCUCCAGUGAGCCUCAACUCUGUCCUUCCUGAAAAUAGCUGAACAUUUGGCCAACAUCUGUAUAGCCCUGACAUGAAAAACAAAAUGAAACAAAAACCCAUGUACCCAAGCCAUUCCUCAGAGAAUCCUUAGCCUCCUGAACAAAAUCAAAUGAGGGGAGAAAGGAAGGAGGUUCUGGGAUGAUCAGUUCUCUUGGUAACCAUACCUGAAGGUCAAGGUAGAUUGCGUGGAAAGGGACUCCGGAACCUCCAGAUAUACCUUGAACUGCCAUCAUCAUUUUAAACCCUUGAAAUGUCCAGGUGCCACCCCCAAUUAUUCAUUCCUUACCAGCCUCCUUCAGAUCCCCUUGGCUUUCUCUCUGCAGUGUAGACACCAUUGGCUAGCCUCCCCAUUCCCUAAGGGUCCAAUAAUUGAGCUUAGAACCUUCCCUGGAAGCAGAUUUUAUCAAAGCAGCCUUCUCCGUUUUCGAGAUGCCUCUACGCCUCAUUUUCUCAUGGACCCAGGCUCUCCCAGAUGCUUGGAGGUUUCUCCCCAAACCAGCAUCCUUGUGGCCUGAGAGUUCGGUGUGUAAAAAUGCCGCAGGGUGAGCCUUAUCCAUCUUCUCUUGCCAGGUUCUUGAGUCUCUGGCCAGUCCCUGAGCUCCCUCCUCUCACGGCCUCCACUUCCUAUUCCGAUGCCAUCUCUCCAGGCAGCUAGACAAGGACUUCUUCCCCACCAGCCAGGCUCAGACCAGCCCCCAGGACAUAAUCCAAGACCCACCCCUCCUCUCCAGACAUCAGCCCCCACACACAAAGAUCGUGUCCUAGCUCCCAGCCGGAACAGCCAGUUCUGGGCCAGCUGCUGGCCUUAGAAACAGGCUGAUUAUCUCAUUGAAGUUCACCAGUGCAUUUGCUGAAGACCUCAUUUGGGCAUAAUCACAUUAAUUCUUUAGCUCCAACUGAAACGACUCAGUUUCAACCAAAAAAAGUUCCUUUAGGGCCAGCCGAUUCUGGAGAAUAAGUGAGUUAUAAUUCCCUUUUGAGAGUUAAAAAAGAACUGAUUUAUAACCAAUGAAAAGUUUAUAAAUUUGUAUUCUUGGAGAAGGCAGUUUUCUUCUUGGAUUAUUCACUCGUUCAACAAACAUGUUGUAUGCCUACUAAGUACCAGACAGAGUGGGCUCUGAGGAUACAGUGUUUAGUAACAAACUGGGUUUGGUCCCUGCUUCAUGGGGCUGGUCAGUUCCCAACCUAUGGCACCCACAUUUAAAUGGCCAGCAUUUGUUCUUUCAGUGUAGGGUCUUUAGAAAUACCAAUCUGCUACAUUCAGGAAAUGCACAGGACACAGAUCUUCCAGAAAGUACUAUCUCAGUGAAAUGAGAGGGGUGGGUCUUCUUUAAACAGGCCUCCUUCCCAUUCAGCUGGGCCAGUACCACCCAACAGAUCAGACCCCAGAGACUUCAGAAGCUGUUGUCCCCCCUUUGGGGACAGUGGUUCCUGCCUUUGGGGGCCAAACCCCCAGAUCUCUCCAACCCCAGAGCUGAAGACACCAAGUGCCUAUUUGUGGGUGUUUAUCUGGAAACUUAGAGUUUGUCAUGUGCGUGUGUGUUUGGUUCAUUUGGGGUUUUGGGCUUUCUUUCAUUUUUUUCUAGUCUACCUUAAAGGGAAGUGAGUGCUUCCCACAUGGAGACAGCAUGUUUUUAUAGAUUUUUCUAAGGCUCUCCCCAUCAAUAAGUCAGUAAUUUCUAAUGAUUCUGGAGACCCCAGGAUUCAGACACCCAUUCCCAUCUUGCUUGCCCACUCGUGUGACUACCUUUGACAUGGAUGUCCCCCCAGCCGCCUUGGAUUUGUUGCUCUCCCCCGCCCACCACUUUCUAUAAAUGUAGGCCAAGAAUACACUUCUGUGUUGCAAAACUCAGCUAAGUUCCUGUUUCAGUCAUUAUUUUGAAAUAUUUGCCUAUAAAGAGGGCAGGUGGUGUCGUGAAGAUGGCAAGAAGCAGGCCACUGUUUCAACUUUCUGGACAAGAGGCCAUGAUGGAGAUCAAAAGAUGUUUGGGGAAGAGCCUGAUUAAACAGCAAUAAAUAAAAUUUUUAAAAAUAAAAUAAA